UCGAUGUUCCGUCUGAAAAGGCGGAGCGUGUGUUUCAUAUUGUCAUUUUUGAACAAAAACUGUGGCUCUGUGUGUUUUUAUUAUAUGUUAUUAUGUUUAACCGCAUUUCUUACGUACUUCCGUUCUUACUUUAAUUUUAGUAUAAAUUUCGGAUGUGUCCCUUAAACAAAGUUAUUAGGCUGUAUUAUCAUGACAUAAAACAUCUUUGUUGAGACUAAUAAACAGACUGUCGUUUUGAGUUUCAUGUUUCCAUUUCCCAAAGCAAGUAAUAAUUUGUAGCAGCGAUAUAUACUGUAUGUUCUCUUUGUUCACCUGGCAGUAUCUUUACUCCGGUAGACAUGGUGAAACAAAUCGAACCAACACGUCCGUUAGAGGGGCGUUAGAAAUUGAGCAAGAAUGUGCUAGCGAAUGGGUGACAGUAUGGAGGACUCGCGGGACGUUCAAACUUCUGAGCGAAACGGGAGCUCCUGGCCGUUUAUAUCGUCCGGUUCUGCGAUGGCAAUGGAGAUUAAACGGAGGAAAACACGUCAGAAUGCCUUAUCCCUGCAAACAGAGAACACUAACAUACAGGAAAAGCUUGACUUUGAGAUGCGAAUGCGGGAUGGGGCCUACAAACUGCUGCUCGCUUCCAGUAAGAAAGAACAGGUUCUUAACGCUUCCAAGAACCUGCUGACCUGCAAUGCCAGGAUCAAGGCUUAUCUCGCUCAGAAGAAGAAAGAGGAGCAGGACAUGACAGGAGCAGUCAGGGGAUAUCCAGGUUCAAAUCGCCGCACGCCCUGUAAUGGGACAGUCGCAUUGUCUGGGCUGCGUAUUCCUUUGCUGUGGAGGGAUUCACAUCACUUUAACGACAGAGGGAGCUCUCGUCGAGUGGCAGCAUUCUGUGUGAUCCAAAUGGGCUCAGAGGUGUUUGACACAGAGAUGGUGGUGGUAGACCGAUCAGUCACUGACAUCUGCUUUGAAGGAGUCACCAUCUUUAAAGAAGCAGUUCCUCACUUUGAGCUGAAGGUAGAGCUGUGGAGCUGUGCCCGGGAAGAGCUCACAUUGGUAAACACACCAAAGAAGCUGGCUAAGAAGCUUCGCAGCUCAUUUGGAAAAGCUGCUGGGAAGAAGCUCUGCCAUCUGCUGGACACUCCAGACCCUGACACCUUCCUGCAGUACAACCCCAUACCCUCUGGAGCCAAAUACAGCCUGCUGGCCUACACUACACUGUGUCUGCCUGAAGCUGAAGGCAGCUUUCAGUCUCACUCUUUCAUUGUCCUCCAAAACGCUGAAUGGUCAUCUUGGCUUCCGCUUUAUGGCAACCUCUGCUGCCGGUUGGUGGCCCAACCUGCCUGCAUGACACAGAGCUUGAUGACUGGCUACCUGAGCCAGAGGCAAAGUGUGGAGGGGAUGAACUGCUGCUGCCGUCUUUACUGUGCUUUGAGCGCCGGCUUUUUGUCCUGCUACUACACCCCGGAAGAAAUUGAUGCCAAAGUGCAGCCCACUCUUAGCAUACCCAUCAAUAAGGACACCCAGAUAUGUGUGAUGGAAAAGGACUCAGCAGGCCAGAAAUCCAAGAAACUGUUGAUCAUCAACCCUUCACCAGAGGGAUCUCAGACUGUUGUUUUCACAACAGACACUAUGGAGGAGCUGGAGCACUGGCUGGACGCCCUCCACCAGCACCUCUAUGAUCAGAGUCAGUGGUUGCAUUGCUGCAACCAGCUAAUGGAGAUCGAGGUCACUUCACAACCGAAACCAUCACUCUUCCUCACCAAGCAGGCUGACUCUGUUUACAAUGACCUCAGUAUAAGUUCUCCUGGCAAGUUUGAGAGUAUCACAGAUAUUAUCCACAACAAGAUAGAGGAGACAGAUGGUUGUUUUCUUAUUGGUCAUGAAGAGCAGAGGGAGGCACCUAAUUGGUCCACUUUGUUUGAUGGGUCCCAUUCAGUAGUAGUGCAGAAGAGUGUUCUGUCCCAAAGCAAAACCUCCACCCCUUGUUCAAGCCCCAACCCCAACACCUGCCCUACAUCUACCAGCAACAAGAAGCGGCGUGCCCCACUCCCUCCCUCUGACAUAGAGCCUUAUGCUACACCCACCCACCCAGCCAGACUUCCCCUCCCUGCUUCAAUUCAUCCUCCUCCUCCUCUCUUGUACCAGGAGAAGGAGAACUCUAGCACUCACGCUUCACGCCCUGCCACAAGGUCCAAAACAGGCAGACCAUCUCUGGAUGCCAAAUUUUCUGCAAUCAUCCAGCAGCUCCAGCGAACACAUGGUCAGCCUCAACCUCCUCUCCAGCCACUCGAGAACGAGAACCACCACACCCAGACCUCAGAAACCACAGCUGAACAUCGCUUUAUCAGACCCAGCCACGGCUCUGGUCCUGGUCCUGUUCCUGUUCCUGCACCAAGGAGCAAACUGAGGAAGUCUUUCAGAGAGAGAAUCAACCUAAAAGCCUUGUGACACUGACCUUCAGUCUUAUCUAGAUUUAAUCAAUCAGCCCUAUUCUGCCACUAAGUACGAAUAACUCUAAUUACAGUUUGAACUUUUCACCUGAGGAAGGUAACGUUGAUAAAAUCGGAUAUCGUAAUAGAUUUCAUUAUCUCAGUGAUACUGUGAGGAUAUUUGGGGCAUAACUCCUAUGGUCCUUCAGCAUUUAAAGGAAUGGUGUUAUUCAGGGGAAUAUGCUCAUCUGCUUUUUGCCAAGAUUUAGAUGAUAAGAUCAAUACUAUUCUUAUAUUUGUACCCUGAGUAUGAAGCUAGGAGCCAGGAGAUGGAAAGCUGAGCAGAAUCUGUCUACCAGCACCUCUAAACUAAUUACACAAUGCGUCUUGUUGGUUUCAUCUGUACAAAAAUGGACAAAGUUACAGUUACACAAGGGAUUAUGUGUCAGACUAUUUCUUGGCAGAGAGCAGUGACUUCCUGGAGUGUUGGAUGAGUCUGACCCUCUAACCCACUUUAGAAAGUCACUGCUACUGGCCAAAACAGUAUUGCACAUAAAGCUAUCUUAAACUGCAACUUGUAAUUUUUACACUUUGGUUUUUGUACAAUUAAACAAGAUCUAACUUUUUGUUUAAUAAGAUGUAGAGGUGAGGAAGGCUAGCUGUUUCCCCCGUGUUCGGUCUUUAUGCCAGGCUAAGCUAACCAUGUCCUGGUCUCAGCUUCAUAUUGAGUAGAUAGGGAUGAGAGUGUUCUCAUCUAACUCGGUGCAUCUUCUAAAAUGUUUAUUUUUACCUAAAAGAUGGGUGAUAUGCUCUCUAGAAACAACAGAUGAUGUCAUGAUAGACCCAUCCAUCAUGACAGCCCAAAUCCUAGUUCACACAUCAUAUCACAAUAUCAAUAUUGUAUUGAUACACCUCCAGUUCCACUCUACAUUUAUGAGCUUUCUCAUAUGCACCUAUCCCAUAGAUGAAUUUGAAAGCUGCAUGUUGGCUUAAACUCUGCCAUCAUCAAUCUCACUAAAAUGGAAAGGCUUAUUUCUCAGUUCUGCCACUGGAACAUGAACCAAAGGAGAGUUUGCAAAAGCACUGAAAUUGGAAUUGAUCCAUUGACUGGCUGCAGAGGAGCCAUUCCUUUUUGGAAUUACUGACUUAAUCCACUUAACUGUGACAACUUUAUGACCACUAUAGCUGAUUUUAAGGAAACAGGAUUUUAGGAGCAAUUCCAAGCAAUAAUGUGACUUCUCCAUUUCCCAGAGGUCUUAAUAAUAGAGUGACCUUUAUUUCUAGUGGCUGUACAGUAUGUCAUAUAAUUUAAUACUGCAGCCCAUAAAUGCUGUGAACAUAAUUGAAGAAGUAUUUUGAGCAGCUAAAAUAAUGAAUUCCCCAAUUUUUGUGUUUUGAGCAUAUCCGAUACUCUCAGCCACAAAAUUUUCCAACCACUUAACGAUUACAUGCUGAACAACGGUUGUUACAAUUACAGUGUACAAAAACACUAGGAUUAGCAGCGUUCGCUGAAAUUGUCUGGCCAGAUGAAGUGGUGUGGUGAAAGCCACAGUCACGCUUGUGAUCUUACCUACUAAAUUCUGUUGAAUCAAGAGCAGGAUAUGUAGAUUUGAGUGAAAGUAGAUUACAGGAUGAUUUAGUCUAAUCCUUGAAAGAACUGAGAUCGACUCUAAAAAGGGGGGGAUGAAGUUCAGUAAUAACAUGUUGAAAUGUUUUUUAUACUUGGGACAUUAGUUACUGUGAUGUUGUACUGCAUAUCCUUGGUUCUAAAGUAAAACCUCAUAGCAUUAGUUUGUAGAUGUUCUCGGGCUGUAUGAUUAUAGCAGAAAUCAAGCUUAUACAUCUCAGCCAUUUAACUUGGCAAGCUAGUAAUUAAAAACAUUAAACUACAUGUCAGCAUUACUGACAGUUAUUGUAAAAUCUGACAUUUCUGUUUGUGUUGAAUGUUUAACUGUGUAGCUCUAGUGAAAAUAUUUUUAAUACAAAUACAGGAGAGGUUGCCUCUGUGGACAUUAAGGCUGGGAAGUGCAGGUGAUCUAAUGCCUAAAAAAUGUACAGCUGCUUUAUGACUUAACAAGGACCGAACAUUCCCACACUGAUCAUAGCCAAAUUUAUAUUCAUUUUACUGUGUUUUUAACAUGCG